AUCAACAGUGGGAGUGGGAGAAGUCAGUGUGGCUAGCAUAGCAGUCUGCGCAGCAGACCCUAACCAGGAAGUCUACAAAGUUGCUAAUUAACACUAGUUUCAAUUUGAUUUUCCUGAAUUAACGUUGAAACAUCGGCAUGAGUUCUGAUUCUCCUCCGACUAUUGGGGAGUUAUUCCUCAUCCUCAGUGAGAUGGGUUUCACAGAGGAUCAGAUCCAGGCAGCUGUACAGGCAGGCCAUUUUUCUGUGCCAGAUGCAGCCGAGUGGCUCUUACAAGGUCAGUAUCCACGGCACAGGUUGGUCAAGCAUUCAUCACAGCCAGCUGAGACAGCAUUUUCUGCUUUCAACCCACCCAAAGUGACAGCGAGCACCUCAGAGACACAUACAUCUCCUUCUGACAGCAGAGUGUCCCCUUCGUUGGUGCUGAGACCAUCACAGUCAUCAGCCCAGUCCCCAGAACCACUACCAGUCGAGUCCCGCAUCAAACAGGACAAGAGUGACUUUGAAGAACAGCAAAGACAGCGUUGUGCUCAGGAGGUCCGAGCAGAGAGAAGACAAAAGAAACAGGAGCGCGAGUUGGUGUUAAAGCGGAUAGCUGAGGAUCGGAGGAGCCUGCAGGAGAAGAUCCAGACCAGUGCCGCCGCAGAGACGUCUCCACCCAGUGUUCAAGAGCAGAAGCUUGGAGGAAACAUUAAGACUAAUCUGGAUAACAACUGCACCCUCAUGAUUCGGCUGCCAUCCGGUGAGUCCAUGCGUGAGCGCUUCCCAGCUGAUGCUCCUCUGCGCAGCGUCGUGGAGCACAUCACGGGACGUCACCCCUCCCUACCUUCCUUUUCCCUCCUCCAGGGUUUUCCACGGAAACGCUUUGGGGAGGCAGAGCUUGCUUGUUCACUGCGCUCACUUGGUCUCACGCCCAACGCUUCACUGUGUAUUCAGACCACUCCUCCAGAGACACCUCAGGAUCCACCGAGUCCCGCAGAUCCACCAACAGUGGGACAGAAUGAGCCACCUCCAAGUGCUGGGACUCCUCCUGUGCCACAUAUCCCUGUCCUUGAGCGGGCGGGAGGGCAGGAGCUUGUUCUACCCCCUCCCCUACCCAACCAGCUGUGGGAAGAGGCAGUGAAUUAUGCAGGGAUACCUGGAGGUCCUUCACCGUCUUGGCCAUCUCACUUCUGGGGGCGGGGAAAUAGGUUGGUACCUGGUGAUGCCGAGGGAGCUGCUGACAUAGAGGUUGAUGAGGAACAAGAAGGAGAGGAAGAACCACCUCAUAUGCUUAACGGAAUGCCAAGGCUGCCUUUCUUUCCGGAGAAUAGGUUCCGUGGAGAAUGUGAGCCCAGGCACCAUUGGCCAGAGCAAGGCAACCGACUCAGGGAGGCUCCAGAAGAGCACCCAGCAGAGCCUGAGGAUGCGGGAGGCCGGGUGGCGCCUGGUGCUGCAGGACUGGCUGCAGUGGAGCGUCUUCAAAGAGCUGCACAGCAAGAAGACCCCCGUGCCUCCCAGGGACAACCAUCACCCCCUAAAAGACCCUUCAGGGCACCCAGCGUGCCGUCCCUAUGUGCCUUGGCCACCCGCGCAACUGUCCACCUUAUGACUGCUCCCAGCAUGCAGUACAGCAGCAGUCUGGCGUGCCUCACCCCGGAGCUUGCAGAGCUUCUGCUCAACCACAUGUCCCGUGAGAGGCUCCUACGUCCACGCACGCUGGAGCUGUUCUUCGGCUGCCCAUUGCAAAAGUUUGUCCUAAACUGCUACCCUUACUCCACCAAUGAGCUCCUGCGGCAGUUACGGGCCUUCACAGCGCUGAAGCAUCUGAGUCUGGUCAACUCACCGCUCAUCACUGACUCUGGGCUGUCAAUCCUUUCCAGCCUGGUCAAACUCCAGUAUCUCAACCUGGCCUCCUGUAGCAAACUGACUGACUCCUGUCUGCAGCAUAUCACAGGUUUAAAGAGCCUAUGUUUCCUGUCUCUGGACCACACCAAAGUAACCGAUGCUGGGAUGGUGCUGUAUCUCAAUUCAGCUCCAUCAUGCCUCUCUCAGCUCAGCCUGAACCAGACGGCGGUGACUGAAGCCACACUGGUAGUCUUGCCCACCUGUGUGCCACAAUUGCGGCUCCUCAGCAUCAAGCAGACUAAGGUCAGAGAUGUGUCAGCUUUGGCAGACCUGUCCAACCUGCAGACUCUAAACCUGGAUGGCACAGGUGUGACAGAAAGCUCUCUUGAGCACCUCGCCACCCACCCUGCCCUGUCUUCCCUCAGUUUGGCGGGAAUCCCUGUAGCGGAUGGCAAUCAAGCCCUGCAGAUCAUCUCAGGUCUGAAGUUGACUCAGCUGACCCUCCCUGGACGCCACUGUGUGACAGACAGUGGGUUGACAUUUCUCUCCAGACUGUCUCUGCUCUUUGAGCUGGACCUGACCGACUACACACAAGUCACAGAUGAGGGAGUCAGCCAGCUCUCCACCAUGGCCAGGUUGAAGAAGCUGUCACUUAGCAACACUCAGGUGACAGAUGCUGGGCUUCCCUCUCUGCGCAGCCUGCAGGAGCUGCAGGAGCUCUGUUUGGACCGAACAGCUGUCACCAGCCGAGGAGUGGCCGAACUCAUCACCUGUUUGCCGCACCUGCAGGUGUUGGGGUUAGCCAGCACUCAGGUGGGAGACACAGUAGUGAGGAGAGGUCUGAUCCGCUGCAAUCAGCUCAUUAAGCUUAAUCUCAGCCGCACACGGAUCACAGACCAUGGUCUAAAGUUCAUGAAAAACAUGCAUCUGGCUCAGGUGAAUAUGGAUGGCACCGGCGUAACUCUGAUGGGUAUUGCGAGCCUCCUGUCUUUCACCAACAUCAGCAGCAUUCGCGCCAGUAACACUCGCACCAUUCCCCCCGAUGAAGUCUCAGAUGAGGAGUGGGAAACCCAGUGAGCCUUCAUACCUUCGGUUGGUCCACACAUACUGUACCUGAGUGCGACUCUGACUGCCGUGGCACCCUUUUAACCCCUGAAACAUGCUGCCGUCAGGAUACUCCAAAAAACGGCAUAACUGAAACACUUCUCCUAUUUGCACAGUUUCAACUGCAGCUAGUGCAGCCACUAAUCUGUCAAUCAUGCACGCUACUAAGUUGAAACCUUAAACGGGAGCCUUGUGUUUAAAAACUUGGCCAUUGAUAACGUUUACGUAUAUGUAAUCAAUCUAUAUUUACUUGCAUACACUGCAGCCCUUUUGUCUCCAACAGACAAACGCUACAGAUUUAAAGCUUUAUGUGCAGCCUUAUAGGUUGAAGAUAUCGGUGUUUCUCCUGGUUGGCACUUUUUCAGCCGACUGGCAGGAGCAUGUUAAAUGUUGGAAAUGUAACAUGACACAGCGUGUAUUUACAGACUGUAACGACUAACAGACGGAUAUAUGUAGAAAUUAAAUGAAAACCUGAGAAGUGUCAUUUCAAGGAAA